CACAGUCGACCUCCUCAUUUCUCAGACUCUCAGAAGAAGCAGAAGUCUGAAGCAGACAUGAGGCUGGUGUGCUGGGCUGCAGCUCAGCGUCUCCUGCUGCUCGUCCUGGUUCUUGUGACUUUCCUUCACGUCAGAGCAGAGCAGCAUCAAACCAGAGAGAGACAUUAUUACAUCGCUGCUGUCGAGCUCGACUGGAAAUACUGGGACAGUGACGCACACAGGUUUGGUCCCACCUAUAAGAAAGUGGUGUUUCGGGAGUAUGAUGAAGGCUUCAGGCAGGCGAAGACUCAUCCCACCUGGUUAGGUCUUCUUGGACCCACGCUGAGGGCCGAGGAGGGCGAGACCAUUGUCGUCACUUUCAGGAACAUGGCCACCGGAGCUCACAGCCUCCACCCACACGGGGUCGCUUACGGGAAACAGUCCGAGGGCGCUCACUACUUUGACAACACGUCACAGAAGGAGAAAGAGGACGACAUCGUGCAGCCGGGCGGCGAACACGUCUAUUACUGGGAGGUGACGUCGGCUGUCGCGCCGCAGAAAAGUGACCCCGCCUGUCUGACCUACACCUACGUCUCACACCAGGACGUCGUCCAGGACUACAACUCAGGUCUCAUCGGGACUUUGCUCAUCUGCAAGCGCGGCAGCCUGGACGAGGACAGGAAGCAGAUCAACGUCCACCACGAGUACGUGUUCCUGUUCGGGAUCUUUGACGAGAAAGAGAGCAGAUACAAAGUCGCGAGCGGACACGCGACGGACGACCACGUCAAACACACCAUCAACGGAUACACACACGGAUCACUUCCUGACGUCAGCGUGUGCGCUCACGCCUCCGUCAGCAUCCACCUGGUGGCCAUGAGCUCGGAGGCCGAGGUGUUCUCGGUGCACAUGAACGGUCAGGUUCUGCAGCAGAACGGACGCAAGAUGUCCUCCGUGGGUCUCAUCAGCGGCUCCACCGCCACCGCCAGCAUGGUGGCCGUUCACCCGGGUCGCUGGAUGCUGUCCUCACACACCAGCAAACACAUCGAAGCUGGUAUGCACGCGUUCGUGGACGUGAAGUCGUGCGAUGACUUUGAGGCGCCGCGGCGACGCAUGACGAUGGCACAGAAGAGAGAGAGCAGGCAGUGGCAGUAUUUCAUCGCUGCCGAGGAGAUAUUCUGGGAUUACGCUCCAAAUAUGCCUCAACACAUUGAUGAGGACUUCAAGCACCUCUACUUGAAACAGUCGCCAACACGGAUAGGACAGAGGUACAAGAAGGCCGUGUACACGAUGUACAAGAACGAGUCGUUCACCGAGAGGAUGGAGACAAAGCAGAGGAAGAACGAGCUCGGGAUCCUGGGCCCCGUGAUCAGAGCACAAAUCAGAGACGUCAUCACGAUUGUUUUUAAAAACAUGGCGUCCCGGCCUUACAGCAUCUACCCACAUGGCCUCACAAUAGAGAAGUCAGAGGAGGGAGUCAACUACCCAGAAGGAGGCAACCACUCUCAUGGCGUUCAGCCGGGGGAGACAUACACAUACGUGUGGAGAGUGGUGGAAGAGGAUGAGCCUUUGGAGGGAGACUCGCGGUGUCUGACAAGGAUGUACCACAGUGCUGUGGACACACCGCGAGACAUCGCAUCAGGACUGAUCGGACCGAUCCUCAUCUGCAAGAGUCAGUCUCUGAACGUCAGGAACGUGCAGCUGAAAGCAGACAAAGAACAGCACGCUAUGUUUGCUGUGUUUGAUGAAAACAAGAGCUGGUACCUGGAUUACAACAUUCGCCACUUUAGUGAUCCGACCAAAGUCAACAAGGCAAACCCAGACUUCUACAAGUCCAAUGUCAUGCACACAAUUAAUGGUUAUGCUUUCGAGAGCGGCGAACUCUUGGGUUUCUGCAAAGGUGAGAUAGCAACGUGGCACUUGUCGAGCGUUGGAGCGCAGGACUACAUCCAGACUGCGACGUUCUACGGCCAUCCGUUUGAGCUGAAUGAGCGGACCGAGGACUUUCUAAGCCUCUACCCCAUGACCGGAGAAACCAUCACGAUGGCCAUGGACAACAUUGGUGUCUGGCUCAUGGCUUCCCUGAAUUCCCAUGAAACAACCAAAGGGAUGCGUUUGAAGUUUCAGGACGUUGAAUGUUUUCGGGACUCCGUGUACGAGUAUGACGAUGAACCAGCAACAGUCAGAGAAUUUACAGUGUGGAAGCCUCCGACCUUGGAUGACAUCAUCAAGGAAGACCAAGCGACUCCGGAACCUGAAACAGGAGCAAAAGGAGCAACAACAGCUAUAGAUGAUUACACAGACCAGUGGGCAGCUCAAUGGGGCAUCAGGUCCCUGAAGAACCAAUCUGUGAACUCAGACAUGGAGAAGCUGGACCUCUCUUUUCUUGACUAUGAUGCUGUGGAUGUGCCAGAUGAAGCCACCAAUGUUACGCUACCGAAACAAGAAGCCACCAAUGUUACGAUACCGAAACAAGAAGCCACCAAUGUUACGCUACCGAAACAAGAGGCCACCAAUCUUACGCUACCAAAACAAAAGGCCACCAAUGUUACGCUACCAAAACAAAAGGCCACCAAUGUUACGAUACCAAAACAAGGAGCCACCAAUGUUACGAUACCGAAACAAGAAGCCACCAAUGUUACGAUACCGAAACAAGGAGCCACCAAUGUUACGAUACCAAAACAAGGAGCCACCAAUGUUACGCUACCGAAACAAGAAGCCACCAAUGUUACGAUACCGAAACAAGAAGCCACCAAUGUUACGCUACCGAAACAAGAAGCCACCAAUGUUACGCUACCGAAACAAGAGGCCACCAAUCUUACGCUACCAAAACAAAAGGCCACCAAUGUUACGCUACCAAAACAAAAGGCCACCAAUGUUACGAUACCAAAACAAGGAGCCACCAAUGUUACGAUACCGAAACAAGAAGCCACCAAUGUUACGAUACCGAAACAAGGAGCCACCAAUGUUACGAUACCAAAACAAGGAGCCACCAAUGUUACGAUACCGAAACAAGAAGCCACCAAUGUUACGAUACCGAAACAAGGAGCCACCAAUGUUACAGUACCAAAACAAGGAGCCCCCAAUGUUACAAUACUGAAACAAGAAGCCACCAAUGUUACGCUACCAAAACAAGAAGCCACCAAUCUUACACUUCCAAAACAAGAGCCCACCAAUGUUACGGUAAAUUUGCAAGGAAUUGCUAAUGUUACAGUAUUGUUAGCCGGAAAUGCAACUUCCCACUUGGAGACUGAGAAAAUCAACAUAACCGUGACUGGAGAUAACCAGACAUCUGUGGACACAAUAAUGACAGAAGACUCAGAGAAUGGACUCACCAGAGGAGAUGUGUUCUCAUACUCUCCACCUCUAUCCAAUUACAGCACCAGCAGUCCCAACAAUUUAACUGAGGGCAAUGUGUCUGUUUCCACUUCAGCAAUUAAACAUGUGAAUGUGUCAGUAAAUGCAACUAACCAUUCAUUGUCCAUGCCAGAGAUUAGAGGGAUUAACAGAACAAGCAGAUACAACCUGACCAUCCUUGAGGUGGAGAAGAAAGACAACAUAACCAGGGAGAACAUCACAGCUCCUGCAGAAAGCUUCUCCAAUACGACUCUGGAUUUGUCUAACCUGACCGUCUCCAGCAGUGGCGUAAACACAGAAAGUUCUGAGGAGCUCAGUUCGGAGAGAAGUGAGGAAGUGCUCAUCUACCUCAAAGAAAACAACGCAGAAGUGAUAAAAACCACCUCGGUCAAAAUACAAGGUCACAACUGGACUUAUGAUGGAGCUCACCAAAUGGAGCCCAUGGAGAUUCCUGACCACAUGGUGAAAUAUUUUGAGAAACAAGCCCCUCAAACAACACCAGCUCCAAAAAGGAAGCUCAAGAAGGUGAACUUGCGACACAAGCCCCAGAUUGGUGAAGGCAUGAAAACAAGGAGGAGGAAGGUCUACAAGCCUCAGGUCAGGAGCGGUUUACCGUUCUCUCCUCGUGGAUUCAAUCCGGCCGUGACCCCGCGUGGGGCACGACCCAACAUCCCACAGCCUGUAUCCGAUGAGGAUGAGCUCAUCAACGUGCCUGUGGUCAUCGGUGUGCCCCGGCCGGAUUUCAGUGACUAUGAGCUGUAUGUUCCUGGGGAUGAACCAAGUCAUCUAGGGCUGGAUGAGGAAAACUUGAAAGCAAAUGAAUAUGAAUAUGUGACCUACAAAGAUCCCUACAGCAGCCAUGAGGACUUAAAGGGUCUGAGUCUGGAUGAGACAACAAAAUUCUACCUUAAGGAUUUAGGCCCAAACGUGAAGACGUAUUACAUCUCAGCAGAAGAGGUUGAGUGGGACUAUGCUGGCUACGGACAAAAGAGGCAGGACAAAAUGCAACAAAACACCCAAAAAACAUCGUUCACCAAGGUGGUUUUCCGGGGUUACAUGGACAGUAGUUUCAGAACACCAGACAUCCGUGGAGAGAUGAAUGAGCAUCUCGGCAUCCUGGGACCAGUCAUCAAGGCAGAGGUUGGACAAAGCAUCAUGGUGGUGUUCAGGAACAAUGCCAACAGGCCGUACUCCGUUCACCCAAAUGGGGUUGCCUACACCAAGCGGACAGAAGGUCUCUCUUAUGAGGACGGAUCCACAUACUGGUACAAAUUUGAUGAUGAGGUUCAACCAAAUACCACCUUCACAUAUCUGUGGAAGGUCGAUGCAAAGGUCGGCCCAUUGCCAGAUGAGUCUGACUGUCGGACCUGGGCUUACUACUCAGGUGUUAAUCCUGAAAAGGACAUUCACUCUGGUUUGAUUGGGCCUUUGCUGGUGUGUCGGAAAGGAACCCUGGACAGGAAUUUACCAGAUGUGCGGGAGUUCAUGCUGCUUUUCAUGACCUUUGAUGAGUCGCAGAGCUGGUACUUUGAGCAGAACAUCGAGAUAAUGCGGAGGAAAAGCCGUCGAAGGAUCAUGGUACCACGUGCCAAGGACGACUACAAGUUCCACUCCAUCAACGGUAUCAUAUACAACCUGAAGGGCCUGAGGAUGUACACUAACCAGCUGGCACGCUGGCACCUGAUCAACAUGGGUGGUCCCAAGGAUUUCCACAGUGUCCACUUCCACGGACAGACGUUCCUCCACAAGCAGACCACGAGCCACAGACAAGCUGUGUUCCCACUGUUGCCUGGGACCUUUGCUACUCUGGAGAUGUAUCCGUCCAGACCUGGCCUGUGGCAACUGGAGACAGAGGUUGGUUUCAACCAGAAAAAGGGCAUGCAGACACUCUUCCUGGUUCUAGAUAAUGACUGUUACCAUCCACUGGGUCUCCAAUCGGGCAGCGUGAAAGAUGACCAGAUCACAGCCAUCAACACCAGAGGAUACUGGGAGCCCCAUCUUGCCAGAUUGAACAAUCUGGGUAAAUACAACGCAUGGAGCAUGGACCAGAAGCACAGCUGGAUCCAGGUGGACUUCCAGCGGCCGGUUGUGAUCAGUCAGGUGGCCACGCAGGGAGCCAAGCAGAUUUUCAGUUACCAGUAUGUGGUCAAGUACCUGAUCUCCUACAGCACGGACCGCCGCAAGUGGAUCUUCUAUAAGGGUGACAGCAAGGACCUCCGAAAGGUGUUCACUGGGAACAGGGAAGCCUACGAGACCAAGAAAAAUACCUUCUUUCCUCCAAUAAUUGCACGCUUUGUCAGGCUCCACCCCACCGAAUGGUACAACAAAGCCACAGUUCGCAUGGAGUUCUACGGCUGUGAGCUCGAUGGCUGCUCGGUUCCUCUGGGGAUAGAGAACGGACUCAUCGAAGACCAUCGUAUAACUGCAAGCUCUGCGGCCUCCAGCUGGUACUCUGGACCCUGGAAACCGUCCCUGGCGCGGCUCGAUAUGCAGGGCUCCGUCAACGCAUGGCAGGCUAAGCACAGUGACAGGAACCAGUGGCUGCAGGUGGAACUGCCUCACGUGCAGAAGAUCACAGGUAUAAUAACGCAGGGAGCCAAGUCUCUGGGCAAAGAGAUGUACGUCAUGUCGUACUCUCUGCAGUACAGCGACAACGGCGCUCACUGGACCCAGUACACGGACGACGACGAGCUCCCGUUCAAGACGUUCCCUGGAAACACGGACAACAACAUGCACGUGAAGAACUACAUCUACCCGCCCAUUUUCUCUCGCUUCAUCCGCAUCAUGCCCAUCAGCUGGAUGAACUCCAUCACCAUGAGAGUAGAACUGCUGGGCUGUGAAUUUGAGUGACACACACACACACACACACACGUCUGUACUGAAUAAUCCAUGUCAGGUCAACCAUACAAAAGAAAACAUAAUACAUAAUAAUGUGUAAGUGUAUGUGUAUGUGUCAUUUAUAUAAAGGAUGCUGUUCGAUAAAUGAGGAAAUAUCAUUUUAUUUCUUGCCAGAUUUAAUUGUAACCAAACAGAAUUAGAAAAAUAAACACAAUUACAUACAUUUUACUUUAUUUUAUUUUUUUAAAAGGAUUAUUUAGAAAACACUGAAUCAUGCCAUAAACGAUAAACAUAAAAGUGAUAGUUCAGGUUUAAGUUUGGCUUUUCAUCCUACGUCAACUGGGAUUGGCUGAAUCUACGUCAGUUUAAGUCUACGAUGUCUUUAAGAACACGUCCACGUCUUUAUCUCACUGUGAGACAGACUUUUACAACAGGAAACUGACGUUUGUAAACCACUCACUCUCCCACACCAAAUCCCAGAGAGAAAAUCACUGAUUUUAGCUGACGGGGACACAGGAGCUGCUGGUCCUCUGUUGCCUCGUGUGGUCACUUUGUGUCACUGAGGAAUGUCUAAUUUAAAUAUUUCAAAAGCUGAAUUUUACAAAAUCAGACAUUAGAACUUAGUGAUGGAGGCAGCAGUGGAUCAACGACUCCUGUGUGUGUGUGUGACGUUAAAAUCACUGAUUUCCUCUAGGAGGUUUGGUGUGAGUUAUCAGGUGAGUCUGUCUUAUGCUUGUUCUCAGCAGCAGGGGGCGCCGUUGACCUUUGCGAUGUGUUUAAAUAAGAAAGGUCACACAUAUUUAUAGUGGAGUCAGAACUUUCUCUUCACUCUCAUGGAAAUGUUUGAUAAAAACCUGUUUUUGAGUUUAUUUUUGAAGAUGUUUAACGUUUUGUGUCUGAAAUAAGUCAAGAAGUAGAAAUGACUGUAAAUAUAAAAUAUAUAAAGUAGAGUUUUAUGUCAUUUAUUUUGCAAUAAAUAUGAAUCCUAUAUUCUUA